GCUUUACAUCCAUAUAUGCCUAUUUCUUUAUAGAAGCCACUUUGCUUUAUUAUUAACAUUUUCUUUUUCUCUAAUGGCUCAAGAGGUAGGAAGCAUACUCAACUUUCUUGAGGGCAAGACCAUUUUGGUUAUUGGUGCCACUGGUUUUCUUGCAAAAAUAUUUUUGGAGAAGGUAUUGAGAGUUCAACCAAAUGUUAAAAAGCUUUUUCUUCUUUUAAGAGCUUCUGAUGACAAAUCUGCAGCUAGUCGCUUGCAAAAUGAGAUUUUAGCAAAAGACUUGUUUAACUUGCUAAACGAAAAAAUGGGUACAAAUUUCAAGUCUUUUAUUUCGGAAAAGUUGACUGUGGUGCCUGGGGAUAUCACCUUUGAGGACUUGGGUUUGAAGGAUUCCAUUUUAAGGGAAGAUAUUUCCUCUCAAACAGAUGUUAUUAUUAAUUUGGCUGCAACUACUAAUUUUGAUGAAAGGUAUGAUAUAGCAUUGGAUCUAAAUACAUUUGGAGUUAAACAUAUCAUGAGCUUUGCGAAACAAUGUAUCAGACUCAAAGUGCUUGUCCAUGUGUCAACAGCUUAUGUAUGUGGUGAAAAAAGUGGACUCAUACUAGAAAGUCCUUAUCUAUUGGGCGAUUCAUUAAACGGUGUGGCUGGAUUAGACAUAAAUGCCGAAAAGAAAUUAGUAACCGAAAAAUUAGGUGAGCUACAAGAGAAAGGAGCCACGGAGCAUGAAAUUAAAGUGGCCAUGAAGGACCUAGGUAUUACAAGGGCCAAUGUGUAUGGUUGGCCAAACACAUACGUGUUUACAAAGGCACUUGGGGAGAUGCUUGUGGAGAAAUUGAAAGGAAACUUAUCUGUUGUUAUUUUACGUCCUGCCAUUGUCACAAGUACAUUAAGAGAACCUUUCCCUGGUUGGGUUGAGGGUCUCAGAACCAUUGACAGCUUAGCUGUUGUUUAUGGGAAAGGAAAACUAACAUGUUUUCUUGGAGAUAUUAACGGUGUUGUUGAUGCGAUACCAGCUGACAUGGUGGUCAAUGCAAUGUUAGUGGCUAUGGUGGCUCAUGCAAAUCAACCUAGAGAUGGGGUAUAUCAUGUGGGUUCCUCUGUUAGAAACCCAUUGAGAUACCAAAGUUUUCAUGACUAUGGAUUAAAAUAUUUCAAAGCAAAACCUUGGAUAAACAAAGAUGGAACGGUUGUUAAGGUUGGCAAAAUGACUAUAUUAACCAACAUGGCAAGCUUCCAAAGAUACAUAUUCAUUCGCUACCUUCUUCCAUUAAAGGGACUCAAAUUGGUCAAUACAGCACUUUGCCAGUAUUUUCAGGGAACUUAUCUUGAGCUCAACAGGAAGAUCCAAGUUGUGAUGCGGUUGGUGGAACUUUACAGACCUUAUUUAUUCUUCAAGGGCAUAUUUGAUGAUUUAAACACUGAGAAGUUGCGCAUGUCAGCAAGACAAAGUGGAACAGAGAUAGAUUUAUUUUACUUCGACCCAAAAGAGAUGGAUUGGGAAGAUUACUUUAUGAACACUCAUCUCCCUGGUUUAGUCAAGUACAUUUUCAAGUGAUACGAAGAUUUGAUUAAAUUCAAAUGUGCUAUAUAGAAGAAGGACUACAUUACAUUAUUGUGGGGUUGUAUAUUUAAUUAUUUAUUGUUCAAGGGUGGUGUAAUUGAUAUUAGGUUGCUUCCAUAAUAUUGACAACGUUUCCUGGAGUCUCACCUAUCAUCCAUGCUUUUUUCAUCAACAAAUCUCGAAUUCGAGUCUUGUUGAUGAGACAAAAUGUGGUUGGAAGAAGACACUCCAUUAAAAGUUAAAGGACUCAAGUCAGAUUCUUUGGUGAAAAUUAAUCACCAACAAAGUUAGUAGAAUUUCACAUUAAUAAUAUGGUUAUCUCAAAUAAGUUUGUAAAACAUAAAGUGUAUUAAUGUUUAUUGGAUGGAAGUCAAUAUAAUUUUGUGUUGUUUUAGUUCCUA